AUGCCAAAGAUUGGGAAAUCUGUCUCGACGGUGAAAUGCGUGACAAUAAUAUUGUGCUUUUUAGCUUUUGUUGAGACUACCAAGAUUAUCAAGAGUGUAAAAUCUAAAAAUAACCUUGAAAAGAGAGAUAAAUUUUCGGUCAAAAAUGAUUUAUUGUCCAAAGUACACUUUAAUGCGCUUCCACCAGAGGGACCAAAUGGAAAUCGUGUACGACGUCGAAGAAGUACUUCUCUACAUGAAAGAAAACCCGGGCAAAAUUAUUUAACGAAAAGGAUUAAGAAGCAAAGCGAGGUUUCUUCAGGUGGAAACAAAAAGAGAGACUUCUUUUUUAGACCGGAAUCUCCAUUUAGCCAAAUGAUCACUCCUCGAAGGAUAAUGCUGAUUCGCCGCGGGGGGAGAGGUAAAUGGUAUAUUGACCUCUUAGUUUCAAUGUCCUUUUGUGUACGUUUUUACUUAAACAAGAAACAUAAUCGCUCUAUGUGUCACGGUUCAGUUGCAUAAGGCUGUACACUAGGGUUUUUGAUUUCACUUUUUGGGAGUCUCUAACUACAACCCUGUUCAAAACAUCUUGGGACACUUAAGGAAACAAGGCGCGAAGACGCAUUUUGCUAAAUUAACUCGUUUUCUACCUCUCAGCCUAUAUCUGCUGUCCCCCUCUCCCCCAAGCAAUGUUGAUCGUGUUGAAAAAGACUUGAAUGCAUAACGUCAACACUGUACGGGGGGGAAGGGGUAGGGAAAAUGCGUCAUUUUGACUAGCUAUUGCGCUGAUGUCUCAAGAGUUUUGACCAGGAUUGUUGCUGUAAAUCACUGUAACUAAUCAAAGAGCACUUGCCACCGCGUUUUAACUUUUCUGCAGAUUGUUUUUAUACUCUUCUUGCCUCUUGAAGUAAGGCUCGUUGCUUCCAAAGUCUAAUUUAAUAGUCAGAAUUAACAUCUGCCUUUUCAAGGGAAAGCCCACACUUCGCCCCCUAUAAGGAAAUCCAAGACAGUCUAGGAUUCUGGAUUCCACGCCUUGGAUUCCUAAUUCCAGGUACUGGACUCUUGAUUCAAUGUUAGUGGAACUUGGAUUCCAAAUUCAAAUCGUUAGUGGGAUUCCGAAUUCCAGAUUCCACAUUCCAAAAUUUCCCGGAUUCGGAUAUACGUGUUGCAGAAGCUUUGAACAAGGCAGUACUGACGUAGCUAUAUUAAAUUAGUGCUCUAAUUUGCCAUGUUACUUUGCAGGAUCAUGUUUCUCUCACGCGUGCCAUCAUGGAGGAAUGUGUAGGGCUCGUCGUCAUGGGUUCUAUUGCGAGUGUCUACCAGGUUUUAUGGGCACAAGAUGCGAAGGUUUGUUACGUGUAUCUUUUUCAAGUCAGUGUGCAUUUUCCAAUACUGAUUCAAUGAUAACGAUAGUGAAAGCGAUAUCAGUAACGAGUACGAUUAUCACAAUCACGAUAGCAAAAACGAUAAUGGUGACGAUGGGAGAGUUUCACCGCCAUGUGGUAGCAAGAAUCCCAUAAGUGUAGGUGGCCGCGACCAUCUUUAUGUGGGCCGUGUUCUAAAAAAAAGACACCCCGGAAAGCUUCAAUUUGCUUUUUUUUUUUUUUUUCACCUAAAGAGCUAGUACGGUUAUUUAUACUAAAGGAGGUGAAGCCCUCUCCAGAUAGCAAAAUGAUAAAACUUCUUAUAUUUGAUACUUUAUUCCCGCCACUACGACAUUCUCGCAAAAACUCGUAGUGGAAUGACGACGGCUAUCACGUUUUCCCGCCAAAAUGACGCUGGUUCACGCGUGAGCAAUACUCAGUAUUGAGGAAAUCUCGUACUCGUAGUCGUUUUCGUCUCAGAAUCUAAAAGUCUCUAUUGCGUUAUAUGUCGUCGUUAAGUAUCAAAGGGUUCUUUGGUUUAUUUGAAAGUAAAACAGCACUAUUGUAGUUAUAUCUACUUUUUUAUCUUAAAUUGCAGUGAAAAAAGAAUGCAAGCCUACAACAUGUAAGAACGGAGGAACAUGUACAGAGAUAGCUUUAGGGAGACAUCUGUGCACAUGCCCGAUUGGUUUCCUUGGUGAUAAUUGUGAAGGUACAAGGUUCAAACCUAUCAUUCGUACCAACAAUGGGUUAUCUAGGGCCAGUUCUUUAAAGAUUACAUUUUUUUUCAGUGUAAAUACUUUCCCAUCUCUAGUUUCCUACUUUCAGUUCUAUAGGCCUUUUUUCGGAUUCUCUGGGAAACUGCCCACCUACCCCUCCCCUAAGCCAACAUUAAUACGUACUUCUCACUUAGGACAAAAUGUUGGCUUAGGGGAGGGGUAAGUAGGCAAUUUCCCAGAAACUUAUAAUGAUCCGACAUAGAUCAACAUAGCGUUAUGAAAGUCAGAGAGAGUAGUUUUACAAGAAAUCAGGCUUUCUUGAAAUCCUACUUCAGAGUCUUCUAUCGCUAUCUUCCUACUGUAAAUCGCCGGCUUUCACCUUUUAACAUGGCCUCACGCGAACAAAUUGUAUCGGCAAGUGAAGAUUUGCUCUGAAAAUUUGGGCACGACCACAGACCAAAAAGUAUUUUUGACGUGCAUCGUUCAAAAACGUCUUUGCUUAAUCUCACUACUAUUGGAUUCAGUAUUGUAGGGUUAUUCAGUAUUGAUAGUUUUUGUUGUCCUUUUAGAAAGAAGCUUUUGUCACCCCAGUCCUUGCCUCAACGGAGGCACAUGCACCGAGAUUGAUGAGUCCUACAUGUGCGUAUGCGCACAGGGAUACAAAGGAAAGAACUGCGAAAGUGAGUGAGUACAGAGUCUGUAAACAGCUUUUAAUGCUGCGCUUUUCUUCUGUUUUCCGUGACUGUCUUAAAAGCCAACUUACUUUGUGUACUUUGUAGCAGUCCCUUGGGUAGGGCUGUCGCUAAGAUUCUAUGUUGCCGGGUAUAUGCAAGUACUAGCCGUAGAAUUGAACCGAAUUGAAUUGCUUCUAGUUUUCUUUCUUUUUUCCCAUGAAAGGAGCCGGGGGGGUCAUGCUCCUAGUAGCCUUGGGGAAAUCCCUGGCCCCCCGGAUCCUUUGUGACAGCCCCUACUUGGGUGUCUGUAGUAGACGGAGUAGCGUCCUGAACCAUUGGCAAUUACUGGUUUGCAAUCACGUGACAAGGCGGAUAUAAUGGUGGUCAUACAAUAAAUUUUGGUAGAAUUUACAUGAAGGGGAGUUCAGUUCCCCUAAGAGAGAUAUAGUUUUGUUCUUAUCAUCAACAUGCCCGCCGUGACGUCAUGUGCAAACUUGCAAUACCUUUUUGCGAAAAAGGAAGGAAAAACCCGUGAAAAGUCGUUUUCGUUGAAUCGCGAAGUUAAACCAGUUAAUCCAGUUAUUGUAGAGUUCCUUAUAUUGGCUUGUUUUUCUUAUGGAAUAUUUCUCACCUCGACAGCCAUCAACAAAUGUUCACCUAACCCUUGUAAAAACAUGGGUGCAUGCUCUGAAUUUGAGGAUGAUUACGUCUGCAACUGCCCACAAGGAUUCAAAGGAAAAACUUGUGAAGGUACGUUCAUCUACGAGACUCACCAUAGGUAUAUUGGACAAAAUCGAAGUUGCGACGAUCGCUAUUGAUGAGGCAACGAUCACUCAUUUUCAUCGAGUGUGAGAACGUUAGUAUGGAGAUGACGGCAACGAAAUCUGCCAAAAAAUCAUGUGCGGCACGUUUGAGUUUUUGGUUUGCUUUUUAAACUUGUCGUUUCUCAUUUCUGUCGUUGAUUUCCUCGCCGUGGUUGGUCGAACUCGCCAGUACCGUUUCCCCACAAAUAAUUCUUUACGUGCAACGAUUUCGUUGAAAAGCCGAAGAUAAGGUGGAAAAGGUGCCACGAAAACGACUUCCGCAAGUACCCAUCGAGAGGCUCUUUUAAUAUAGCAUUAAAAGGGUUCAUGAGACAACUGUUAUAAUUUUAGAUAAUCUCAUGAUACUGCUUAUUUGGGAGUAAGGCAUUCAACAUUAGCAGUUUAAGCUACCUUCCUGUAAUUCCGUUUGCAAAGUUAUACGUUUACAGCUGUCUUCCAAUUGCGAACUUAUCCACGUUAUCUAAAAUGUUUUUAUUUUUUACCUCUCUUAUAGUCAAAAGUGAAUGUUCUUCAGUGUACUGUCUGAAUGGAGGAACAUGCAGAGAUGAACCAACCGGGUAUCACUGUGAUUGUCAGUUUGGAUUCUAUGGAAAACGUUGUGAAGGUAGAUUGAAGAAACAAGCCAGUCAUAGAACUUAUUUAUAGUACUUAUUUAACGUAUAAAUUAAUCACCUGGCGACGUAUUGGAGUCCAAUUUGGUGUUAAUUCAUAGUCCGCUCAUUAAAAUCCACUCAUUUGUUUGCUCUUUACAUAAGGCAUCGAUCGACUCUUUCUUGUUAGCAUUGUUAGAUCAUGGUAAAAAUGGAAAAGUUCUUUUACACCGACAUAACUCAAAGCACGAGAAAAAUCAUAAUCCACAGAAGACUGCCGACAUUUACGACAUUAAUAAACAGCGCUUAAGGUGAGGCUAAUGUAGCAGCGCGAUGCAAUUGUUUUUAAAGUGAAGUUAGGUGAAGUACGAGUUGCCCCCGAACAGGGUUAUUUCCUAUGGCAACUGAUAGUUCUGUCUGCAUUCUAUUUGGACUACGAGAAGUCCCCAUUUUUCCUCAGGGAAAGUAGAGCGCGCGUGAAAAUCACCCCACGCGAGAAAGGCGAGACGCGGCGGGGAGAGAGAAAAAUGAGGGACUACAGACAAAGUCCAAGCUUUUGACCUUUUGACCUCAUUUUUUUCUAUUCCCGCCGCUCUCGCCCUUCUCGCGUGGGGUGAUUUUAACCCGUGCUCGCUUUUCGCUUGGUCUACCAACCUUAAGGAAAAAUGGGGACUACUCUUAGUCUACAUUCUAUUGGGCUUUGAUCAAGUCGGUCCUGUUUGGUUAUUUUUAGCCUUAAUGUGAUUGAUUCGAUCAUCUCUGCUUCAAUGAAGCUUACUAAUGGCAGCAAUGUAAUUGGCUUGGCGUUUUGCCCUACCGACGACUCGGCCCUGAUUCGAAAAAUUUGCCCAUACCCUUGACCUCUAACGUUAGCUUGUACUGGUCCUCUUUCUAUUUUGCUUCCUUUUUAGCUUCAACCUUUCACUCGUUGUUCAUUUUCAACCUUGUUACAACUGAACACGCCCUUGAAACCACUUAUCUGAAUCUGGAAAUAGUUAAAUGUUUAACACGUUGUCUAGUCUCUUGUGGCUCUCACUGGAAUUUUGCUUUAAUUUGUUCUAUUAAUUUAUAUCUUCUUAAUAAUGAUUAUAAUUAUGAUUAUGAUUGGUAAAAUGUAACUUUUCUUACUGGCUUUCUUAGUUUAAAUGUAGUUGUACGUAACCUCUGCUAACCCUAGUCGAAUACUGUAUCUUUAUGUAGCCUCUGCAUGCCACCCUAAUCCCUGUCAAAAUGAUGGGGCUUGUCUAAGAUUUGGUACUCAAUCCUUCUGCCAGUGCAAAACAGGAUACUCUGGAAAGGGGUGUGAAGGUAUGAAGACUUUGCAGUUUUACUUUUCCGUGGAGAUAAGGUAUGCUUCCAUUUCGUUGACCUAAAAUCGUGCCGCCUAAAUCAGGAUUGGUGGAUUGUACCCCUACAGCAAGGAGCCCAAAGUGUGACGUACAUUAAGUAACUCACAUUCUUUUAUGCAGACAUUAACCAAUCAUAAGUCGAAGCCAGUUUCCAGCUGGCUUCUGAUUGGAUGAAAUCUGUAGGAAAGAAUGUGAAUGAAUCAGAAGCGGUCAAACUUUUGGGCUUCUUGCUGUAAUAAUCUAAGGUCUACGCUAUACCUUGCUGGUCAAACUUUUGAACGCGGUCAAUUUUACUUUUACCGUUUACUCGGUAUGUUGUCUUGUUAGAAUUAAAAAUAGUGAGGGAAUUCCUUUGAAAGUGUGUACAGCUUCUUAGGCUGUGUCUACGCUGAAUUGGCUAGCUCUUGUGCCGGCACAAAAACCAUAUCGGAUUAGUCUUUCUUCACACAAAAGAACCGUGAUUUGGGGACAGAAUUUGUAAAGGGAUGAUGCUGCGCCGCGCCGACCGUGGAAGUGGAUCGUCACGUAUCGGAGCGGUUUCUGCGCCACUUCUCGUGGUAGUGUGGACAGGUUUAUACGGAUCAUAAUACGUAUCCGGAGAAAACUGGUCACCUACCCCUCCCCUAAGCCAGCAUUAACACUUACUUCUCUCCUAGGGAAAAAUGUUGCCGUAGGGGAGGGGUAGGUGGGUAGUUUUGCAGAAACGUAUAAUGAUCCGUUUAUACCAGGCCGGAGUAUUUUUCAUGUAGAUAUAUAAAGCAGGGCUCGAAAAAGGUCCCGUCCGGUAGUCUGGGACAAAUAGAUUUCUUGCUGGGCAAGGAAUUGUAAAGCCCACUUGCCCUUAGGCAAAGGCCUGGGGAAGUCAUCCUCUAAAAAAAUCAUUAACUAAGAUGAGCACGAAAUGUCCCCUGGUAAGCAAAAUGAGAAUGGUGCUUGCUCAAACAACAAGCUGGAAUUCAAUUAUUUUCUUGAGUCCUGUGAAGCUAUCCGUUAUGGAGUAGACAUAGCCUAAAUGAGUCUGGUUUAUUGUAAGCCCCGGGGAGGGGAGGGGAGGGGGGAGAAAGAAUAAAAUGGAACAGCAAACGUACCCUCAUCCCCCUAAAAAAAAGGAUGAAGCCGCGCGAACGCCAAGACGCACUAUUUUCCAAUCCUUGAUUUGAGGGGAAUGGGGGAGUCUCACUUCUCCGUGUAUUUUCUCCAAGAUUGUCAGUACCUUUUUUCUGGCUUGUUUCAAACCCUCCCUCAAAAUCACGGGCAUAUAUAAAUUUUAACCCCUGUUUCUUCCUUCACUUUUAACACAAUCUGUUUCUUUAUAGUUAAGAAAGCCUGUACUCCCAGUCUUUGUCUUAAUGGAGGCACGUGCGUAGAUGGAUCACACACUAACAGUCAAUACGGAUUUGCAUGCAUCUGUUUGAACGGUUAUGAUGGCAUUAUAUGCGAAAAGCAACUCCCUCAAGAAGAUACCUUAGAUCACACGUUAGCAGCUCAAUGAACUGUGCUGGAAUUCCAGUAUUCAAUCAAACACUCAAGUGAGAAUUAAUUAGUAACCAUUUUAACUGUGUUACAAUUCCGUUAUGCAUAUUUUUUAACAUCAAUAGUUUUUAGUAAAGGGAAAAGAACAUUCCAAAUCAACAAUUACACGUUAGAUGAGACGCUAAUAGCUCUUUGAGAUUUGUUGAAACUGCGAUAUUUUUUAGCCUUGAUAAUAAAUGUAAGAAAACAAUCGGUGGUUGCAUAAAACACUUGAGAAAAGUUUAACCUCCGUAAAUUUGCAAGAGAGGGGGGUGGGGGUUAAUUUCUUCUGCAAAAACGGUUUUAUCACAUCCAUGGUAUGACGGGCUCUCAUCCUGUUCCAGCCACAAAUUAGCGUCCAGAUCCCCUAAUUAAUGGACGCUAAAAAAAGCUAUUGCCGCCAUCCAUGUAGAUGACAUUCAGAUUUUGCGUCAUUUUUAUAACUGACUUUAGUAGAUGUCACUACGUGAGAAACUGAUAAUGUCAAUUUCAGCAGUUAAAAUUGCAUCCCGGCAUUACUUCGAUUUCCUAAGUUGUCAAAAAAUGUACUUUUAACCUGUUCAGUUAUGUUAGCGUCAAAAUGUGUCUGAGUGUAAUUUAUAAAACAGACGUUGUUAAUUCGUUUUGACAGAGUAAAGGAAAACAAGGUCCUAAUAUCAGGUGACUAGAAAACACCGAGCAAUUAAACCAUCCCUCAACACAGUUUCUUUAUCCAAAACACUCAAUCAAAAGUUAUUUAAGCUAUAAUUUCUUGGAAACACAAGUUCAUACUACAGUCAAGCGAUCUAGCAUGUAUGGAUGAAGAACUUCCAGCAAUUUCAAGUAAACUUUAUUUUUAAGUGAAAACCUGUUAAGUUAGCUUUCAAAUCAGUUAACCGCGACGAAGCAAAGAGGCUUAGGUUUUGAGGCCAGUGAACCGUGAGCAGGUCGUGAAACCUAAUGGCUUUUUUUUAUUAAGGAUUCAGACAUCACAAAAAAACGCCCAUUUUGUGAAACUUGACAUCGAGCGGGUUUUGACUGGGUAGUACAUUGUUAGUAAUAAAUGGAUGACUUCAUCUUCUCGGUGAAGUCACUCAAACCCGCGAAACUCGAUCCCAAUUAACUUCCCUUGUUCGAAAUUUGUAUUAUUUUGGGACUUAAAUCAAAUGAAAUGGGAAAAAUGCAACGAACUCUGGUGGAUUAUUUAACUAGGACGCAAAUGCAGUGAUGAUGAUGAAAGAAUUUUGGCCGCAGGUUGUUGUGUUAUGGACUGUUCUUCUUUCGAUUUACCAGGCAAGAUGUAAACAUCUUCGUCACAAAGCCACCGGUUCAUUGGAUACAUUUAAUCAUAAACGUAAACUCGAAUAUCAUUAUCCACACGGAACCGUUGUGUAUUUGAGAUUUUCAAAUGAGGCAGCAAAAAUUGUUGGAGAGACCAGUGAUUCUCUCAGUGACUCUCAGAGAAGAUUUAGACGAGAGAAAAAUGACAGUGACUCUAAAGAUAAAAGAAAGUUAGGUAAAAUAUUUUCGCACCAUUCGUCUUUGUUACCACAGCCUGCUAAACCUCUGCGUGUAGUAGCAACAUCGGCUGUAAUAAAAAACCGACGAAAAAGUCCGCGACCACUUAAAGCAAUCCACAUAUGGGGACCGACGCCAUUCAGGACAGUGAUAGAAAAUCUUCGAAGGCUGAACCUAAAGAAUAUUCAAAGCCAAAGAGCUGCAGUAAAGAGACUAUUUCUUCCAGCGCAAAUUUUAAAUGCUUUUAGAAAGCAACAACUUCAUGGACGAAUUUUGCCGUUUCCACAUCCAAGCGGAUCGCUUCCGCUUGUUCCUCGAGCCAUUCAUUUUCAGAGCGUGGGACAAAGAUUGCCACCACCAAUUGUGAGGAAUCUACCAGGGCCAGUGCAGUUUGCGCCUCCAGCCCUUGAACCCAUUCCUCCCUUGCAUGAACUCGGCCCCUUGCAUACGCGAGAACAGGAUGUAGGCCCUGCGCAUGAUUUUCCCUCAGUCGGGCCAGUUGGUGAGGUUGCACCUGAUCAAGAAGUAGCUCGCAUGCGCGGAAUGGAUCUUAACGAUGUGACUCCUGUGCGAGAGAUUGGUCCUGUUGGCGAUAUAGGUCCCUUGCAUGAUAUGGCUCCCGUACAGGGGCUAGGUCCUGUUCAUGAAAUAGGGCCCUUUCAUGAUAUGGCUCCCGUGCAGGAGAUAAGUCCUGUUCGCGAUUUAAGCCCCAUGCAUGAUGUGGCUCCUGUGCGGGAGAUUGAUCCUGUUCACGAUAUAGGCCCCCCGCCUGAUAUAAAUGCUGUUCCAAAUAUCGCUCCAGUUCCUGAUGAUAUCGUUCCAGCUCCACAGAUGGUUCCAAGAACCUUCGAUAUCAGCCCCGAAAUGGCGCCAAAUUUUCAACCACCCAACAGUAUGUUUGCGCCGCCAUUUCCUUGGCUCGCGGGGGAAAUCCACGAAAACGUUAACCGUCACGUUCACAAAGGCAAGUUAAGAUAAUUAUUAUAAUUAUUAUUAUUAUCAUCAUCGUCGUCAUCGUCAUCAACAUCAAUAUCAUCAUUAACAUCAUCAUCAUUAUCAUUAAUAUUAUUAUUAUUAUUAUUAUUAUUAUUAUUAUUAUUAUCUUGGUUAAAAACCUAUGGUUUUUGCGUUCUGAAACUGGUUAAAACCUAAAGGUUUUUUGUAAAAGCAACAAAACUCAUUUCUAGAAAACGGCGUGAUAACUUAUUUUAUAAAAGAGACGAAAAAAGCUUUCCACCGGGUUUACCGGCGUGAUUACAAGCUUUUCUCGUGUUCUCCCAACAUACCGCGUAGGUUAUCACGCCGGUAAACCCAUAGGAAGUCUGGUCUUUUGCUUAAAUAAUUCUUAUACUGCUGUGUUGUCCUUUAAAAAGAUUGCGAUUAAACGAUUAGCAUCUAAAUGGUGUUACAGAUAGAAACACAAUUGCUCAAAAAUAAUGCUUGCUUCACUCUACUUGUCUGCUUUUCAAUAAAACGAUGAUAAUGCCUUCUUUUAGAGCACCGAUACCUUUCCAGUCAGCGUGAUACUUUGUUUGACGAUAGUAGAGAAGUAACAAAUAUUGUUUAUGUCACAUUAAAUUAUUGGCACAUCACACCCUACAAGUUAUCCCCUUAAAACCACUAACAACGUUCAAAAUAAUUUUGUGACUAGUUACUUUUUUGAAGGGAAAGCUGGGUGUGACUUUUAGUAUUGUAAUUUUUUAUUGCCGAUGGUGAUUUUCAUGUCUGCAGGUGUUUCCAAAGCCAGAUGUACUCCAAACCCCUGCAGAAACGAAGGCACGUGUACAGCGAUCGACAAACACUACGAGUGCACGUGCGCAGUUGGAUAUAUGGGAAGGAACUGCGAAGGUAUGUGAAGGGUAAUAGUCAUAUUCGAAUUAUUAUGUGUUUUCAUAGUUAAUAUAUUGAAAUGGUUUUGAAAGCCGUUAGACUUCUUUGUUAUGUUUCUGUUAGAUUUUUUUUGAGUCGACGGUGCACAACGUUCAAUAGCAUUCACAUCUGUUUGAACUUAUUGACCAAAAGGAACAUCGCAAAUAUUUAUUCUGUCAUCAUUUGUGAACGAAAAAUAAACAACUAAGCAUUGCGCAUGGUCCAGCGACCGACAGGGAGCAUCCAACAUAAACCGCAGCAGCAUCGUUUUCAUCCUGGAUGUUUCCGGUUUUCACAACCAGUCUCUUCUUCUAAAUAUGGUGUCUCUUAGAUCAUUUUCCUUCCUCCAUAAAAGUCAAUAGUAAGCUUGAGCUAAGGCGUUAGGGAGCUUAAGCAACAGCGUUUUUGAGCGACGGACGUCAACCGGAAGUGAACGUUUUGCGUCAUUGGGCAGUGGUUUGGUUAAAACUCUCGGGUAAAUCGUCUCUAAAAGAGAAAAGAAAGUUAGUAAUGACAAUUUGUUAGCGUCAAGGCAUAGAAAACGAGAGAAGGUCUCACUUCCAGUUGACUUACAUCGCUCAAAAACGUGUUUGCUUAUGUUCCCUAUUUUCGAGCGACGCACGUAACCGGAAGUAGACUGUAUCCAUUCUUGGGCAGUUUUUUUUUUUUACCCAAAUUUUCGGUCAAAUUACCUUAAAUAAACUAUACACGCUUAGCAAUACAAAUUUGGAAGCCUUAUGGCUAUUAAAAAGAGAAAGGGUCUCACUAUCUCUCUCAAAAAUGCCUUUGCUUAAACUCCCUAAUAACAUUUUUUAGCUUUAAGAGAAGAGUAGCAGAGUAGACGUAGGGAAGUUGUAUUGUUUAUACAACUCCCGUUGCCUUGGAGUUUCUUUUGUCUAGCCCUCAGAGUCGCUUUACGAUACAAAUGACCGAUUGAAUAUUACUCUCGGAUAUCAGGAAAGAAACUAUUCAAACAAGUAACAUAUUGUGGACAUAUUUGAUUUAGAUGUCAAUCACUGUCUUCCAAACCCAUGUAAAAAUGAGGGCAAUUGUUAUGCAACCAAAGAUGGAUAUCACUGCACAUGCGUGAAGGGUUUCAAGGGACCAAACUGUGACAGUAAGUGCCAAUUCUACAUAGAACAUGUUAAAUUUACUCAACUACUGUAAAUCAGUUGAUACAUUAAGAAAAAAGACAUGAAAAUGAAAAAAAUAUCAAUAGGGGAUCUUCCAUAAUUGACCACUUUAGGAACGAGAAGGAGAGAGGACCGAUUUAACUUUCGCAAAGACUUCUGGGAUUGUUUCUAGAGACAGUGCCUGUUACAUUUGAAAGCGUCGUUUCCUGCGCCACAGGUUUACUUAUCAUUAUUCGUUUCUGGUAAAUUACCCACCCACCCCUCCCCUCAGCCAGCAUUAACACUUACUUCUCACUCAGGGCAAAAUGUUGGCUAAGGGAGGGGUAGGUGGGAAGUUUCCCAACCUUAGCCCGAGUGGUAGAACAGGCAAGAAUAACCUCACAAAUAGAAGUAAUAGCUUACCAGCCUCGAUUUCUCGGCGAUAUUGUAAGUUUCAGAUGAUCGUUUUAUCUGUUCAGACUAGGUUAAUAUAGUAUCGUAUUUAUGAAAUUUUUAUCUUAAUGUUAUCUCGUCAGUUAUCAGCAAGUGUAUUCCAAGUCCUUGUAAAAAUGGAGGGUCGUGUGAAGAGGAUGGCAAGUCAUAUAAAUGUUCAUGUCCUUCAGGCUUCAAAGGGAGUAACUGUGAAGGUAUGUUCUCUUUCAAUCUUCGGAAUAAAGGAUAAGCUCCUCUUGUUAUGAGGGCGGCCAAAUUCGAGCCCCCAAAAUAUAAGUUCCCUGAGAGAGGCCUUUGAAAGGUGUGCUUGCAAACCUCUCUUUUCCCCACUUUCUUGUCUUUUUUUUUUUAACUUUAUGGUAUCAGGAUCAAAGAGUGCGGCAAAGUUAAUCAGGAUCUGUAAAACUUGCGACUGAUGUCAUGAAUCCCUGAAAUAGUUUUUUCUUUUGUGCUGGUACAUGUACCUAUAUAUUAGUCAGUAAACCGCUGUUGUCAAUUAAUAUUGGUUGUCAGUCAGAAAAUACUAGAACUGACUUGUCGUCCGAAGGGCUAAAUGGAUUUCUGUUAGUCUCAAGAACUUAUUAUUUUUAAGUCAAUAACUGAUAAAUUUUUCAUUUUUGCAUUUCUUUUCUUUCAGCCGCAGAUCACUGUGCGGUCAGCAACCUCUGCAAAAACGGUGGCAUAUGCAUUAACGGAGAAUAUUCCUUUGAGUGCAAGUGCUUGCCAGGUUUUUAUGGAAAAGACUGUGGAGGUAUGGUAUCUAAACUUGCCUGUGUGGCUGCGCAUGCGUCGUAGACGUCAUCUAACCCGGUUUAGUAACAUCUGCGAAGCAGCGUCCAUAUCCUUGUUCUGAGCCCCCAAAGGACUCAAUGAAUUACCGGAAGUACGUUUCAAAUUUCCUUUCAACCUGAUUGGCAAAUUGACAAUGGCUUUUUAACGGGCCAAUCAUGGCACGUACUCAAAUCCUGGAACACACGGGUGGGGGCCCAGAACCAGGAUUUCGGUCCUGUUUCGCAGACGGACUUAACCAGAAGUUUAGAUCCGUUUGAGGUGCAGGCUAGCUGUAAACUCGUUUGUUUGUUUGUUUGUUUAUAUUUCAUGUCAAUUUUUAUUUGUAGGCUUAACUUUAUCUGAUUACAUUGAUCAAAGACCUCUUUAGCUUCUAUGUUUUGUUUUGUUUUGUUUUUAGGGGAAUUUGCUCAUUUUUCUUUUUAUAAAUUAUGCGUACCUAUAAUGCACGUGAAAAAGACAAAUUUGAAAGGAACAGUUCUCUGGAGUAUUAUCACAUGACCCACACUGGGAAAACAAAGCACACAUGCUAGAGAAGUCAGUCUAUUGAACUGAAUCGAAGAACACAAAAAGAACGAGUGGAAAGUACCUUUUUAUUUAAUUGUUAUCAUUUAUCUUUUUUCCCAACAGAUUUAGAUGUUUGCUUUUCGAGCCCUUGUCAAAAUGCUGGAACUUGUCAUAAUGCCGGAGCUGGCCAGUUUAUGUGUUUGUGUCCAGCAAUCUUCAGAGGGAUAACAUGUGAAGGUAAGAUAACGAAAACGUUCUUACAAUGUCUGUGGCACCUAAGGGCGUACAUUCUCCAUUUCUCUUUGGUCUUCCCUCUGUUAUACCUUCGUGUGCGACCACCUCUCGUAAGCGAUCGACUCCCAUAUGCGACCAUAGAUCCAAAACACCUAAGGUUUUCGAGUCAAAGCUCUAUGAUUAAAGACCAUCUCUCGUUAGCAACCGCUAUUACUUUGGGGUGCUACGGUUGUGCAAUUUUCGGCCAUGAGUUUUAACUUCUUUUUAGAGGCCACUUGACGCAUAGUAUGGUCUGUUUGUUAGCUGAAUGUACUGCGCCAAUUGGAAUAUACGAAGAGAUUUCUGUAACAGCUUGAAACCACACAUAUCACUACUUAGAAAUGGCAUGCAAUAACUUUUCUUCCAAAAAGUAGAUGUGUCAGGACCUCUUCUCGAAAGAGACCCUCGGUGGUUCGAUUAUUGUAAGCGACCACUCAAGUCGAUAGGGUCGUUUGCUCUUGUAAGUUAUAGCGAUGCUUGAACAAGUGAUGACGUCAUUUCAAAGAUGGCCGCCGUCUUGGAUUCAGCCGAAGAUUAUGAGGAUUUCGUUAAGAAAAGAUUUAUAAAAGGUAAAUUGUCGUAGGUUAUUUGUUGAUCUGCAAGGCGAUCAUGCCAAACAUACAAUUUUGAUAGAAACGCAGUGAAUAAUUGAAUGUGUUGGUAUAAGUCUUGAGGAAAUAGCCAUGAUUUCCUUAACCCAAUCUCUGUCGCUUUUUUCCCAAGGAUUUUUUUAAUGAAACUUUAAGCCUUCAUAUCAAGGACUUCUCCAUAACAUUUUUGAAUGCUUUAUUGCUACAUUCACUCCAUUUACAGAAAGGGUACCAAAAUGCGAGACACAGCCUUGUCACAAUGGAGGAACGUGUGUGGAAGAUGAUCAUGACGAAGAAGGAUUCCAAUGCACUUGCUCUGAAAAAUAUCAAGGGAAACAUUGUCAAGGUACAAAACGUAAUUCAUAUGAUGGUGAUUCAAACCCAAUGAAGGGUUAAUUUCUUAUGUCAGGGAAAUUGUACGUGCGUACGCGGGUAAAUAGAGUAGAGGCAAUAUAGAACUACUUUAAUUAAGGCGCGUAAAAUUUACCUGCGUGAACACGUAAAAAUUUCGCGAUAGUAGAAACCUACCUUAAAGGUUUUUUUUCUUUUUACACCGACUCGACAUUUACAAAAGACAAAGGCCCAUCCCGCUAGUAGAAUUUCAAGCAGACUUCGAUGUGGUUACACCUUGCUGCUCUGGGAAGAAAAAAUGUUAUACCUGGUGUAGAAGCUGCCCAUGCCCACCUACCCCUACCCUAAGCCGACAUUAACACUUACUUCUCACUCGGGGCAAAAUGUUGGCUUAAGGGAGGGGUAGGUGGGCAGUUUCCCAGAAACACAAGGAGUGUUUGCUGACUUGAAUAGUUCUGAUGUAGCACCUUUUUUCAUAGAAACGUGAACUAGGAGAGAAGGGUGAACAAAUCCUAUUUUCUUUGACUGCCCAUUUUUAGGUCGCAGUGUCCCAUUGAAAAUUUGCGUCAAUUCCCAGUGACAAAAAACUACGUUGUUAAAUUCAAGUCUAUUACUGAAUCAUUUUUUCCCGUCGAAGCUACCCCAAUCCCAGUUUUACUCGUUCACGACCCUUUUAUUAACUGAAUUGUACGCGUAACUGAAAGGUAUAGAAGAAAAUCCUAAAUAUCCGUUUGCUCUGAAAUCAACUUGCCGCAGUUGUUCAAACGGUGGAUAGCGUUAUCUACCGGAUAAAUCACUAUCCAUUGGAAAUUGCAAUUGGUUUCCCUAACUCUUAUCCACUGGAUACUGCUUUAUCCGUCGGAUAACGCUAUCCAAACAAUGGACAACUGUUGCCAGAUGCCAAUUCAUAACCCUUUUUUUUUCAUUUAUUGUUGAUAUUAGCCUUACGAAGCCAAUGUUUCAAGAAUCCCUGCUUGAAUGAAGGAAAAUGUAUUGACGUUGCCGAUACUUAUAAAUGUAUCUGUAAAGAAGGAUAUGAUGGCUCGACAUGUGAAGGUAUGUAGACUAUGUGGACGGAUUACAAUGUUCUUUAGUUUACUUUUUACCUGUCUAUCGCAAAACAGGGUACAUAUAUCGCAAGGAGAGAAAUCUCGCAAGUUAAAGUACAACCGAUUUUGACUUUUGUUCUCCCUUGAUCUUGAGUUCGUCACUAACUAAAGAGUCGCCCGAUGUAAUGGAGUCCUGAUUCCGGAUUCCGGGAAAUCUUGGCUUGUGGAAUCCGGAAUCAUGUGCUUUGGAGUCCAGAAUACGGCUCAACGAAUCCGGAAUCCCACUAACGAUUGGAAUCCGGAAUCCAAGUUCCACUGACACAGAAUCCGUAAUCCAGUACCUGAAAUCCGGAAUCCACCGCUGUGGAAUCCAGAAUCCAAGACUGUCUUGGAUUACUUUAUAUGGGGCGAAAAGAGGUGGUAGCGAAAAGAAAACAACAUACCGUAAAAUUCCGAAAAUAAGCCCCGAGGCUUAUAUUUUUCAAAGGCCCCUUUAGAGGGGCUUAUUUUUGGAGGAGCCUAUAUUCUGAGGGGCUUAUGGACGGAGGGAAAUUUGCGUUAUAAAAUCGGCUGGGCUAGCUUGUAGUGGAAAGGAAAUUUAGCAUUUUGCUUUGUUUUACGUUGUAUUCGAGGUCAAAUUCCACGUACACGUCCCCCAGGGGGGUUAUAUUCGGAGGGAAGAUUUAACGGAGGGUUUUUUGCGUUACGAUCUUGGGGGACAUAUUUGGAGGGGCUUAUAUAUGGAGGGUCUUAUUUUCGGAUAUUUACGGUAUGUGUAUAACCCUUGUUUAGAAGUACUCACUUUUAGCAAUAAACAUAAUGUGACUAGUGUUUCUGUUUUAAAUCUAGUGAAAAUGCCCCUUCCAACUUGUAGCAACUGCCACGAGUACGCGAGAUGCGUCGAUGACAAAUGUGUUUGCCUUGAUGGUUACGUUGGAAACGGCAAAGUAUGUGAAGGUAUCUAUGAAAGUUAGUUACUACAGUUGAAUUAUUGUGCAGAUAAGAAUAAAUAGAUUUUCCAGUAUCACUGGAGAACGAAUUAUGUAUUACGUUAGGUGUUUCAUCAAAGAAUAAUAACCUGGCAAGAAAAGGUUAGCAUUUGAAUAGGGAAAAUAUCUAUGAUGCACGAUCACCCGCAAGAUGUGAACUUAUGAUCAUCCUUGGUUCUUCUGUCUAAAAUCGUAUAUGAAAAUAAUACAAAUAAACAUUGAAUGAAGGAUUAAGUUGAACCAGAAGCAUAUAACCGCGCAGCGUGUUACUUCCCCUUAUCAAGCUGGGGUUUUAGCCGUCCAAUAAGAAGCGCGGAAAAUUAUUUUGCCCAAAUAUGGAAUCAGAGAAUUCGAGGCUAAAAACGUUGAGCUUGCAACGCGUAUACAUGUAUUUCUACGCCCGAAAGAAAUCGUUUCGUGGCAUGAUGGGAUUAUAUGCUUAUGGCUGAACCGUCAGGAAUGGAAGUUCUGAAACUUAGUGAAACUUAGCCUACAAAACCUAAAUGUUGCACUUUGCAACAGUACCGAAAAAAAAAACGUUCGAAACAUAAGUAUGGGGAGUUUACAUUGUAUGAAUCAGUAGUGUCAUUAAUUCGUUAAACAUACUGCAACGAUGGCUAAAAAAUAUAAACAGUGUAAAAUACUAUAGAACCCCGGUAACUCGUGCUCUGAAGGGAUAACGAAAAACAGUUCGUGUUAGCGGGGAAUUUGAGUUAUCGGGGUAAAUUUUAGUGAAAUUUUGAUCACGGGAAAGGAAAUUAAGUUCGAGUUAGCGGGAGUUCGAGUCAUCGAGGUUCUACUGUAGUUUUAUUUAUGGAAAGCUUUAUUUGACUAAAGGUAGCUGACAGAAUGAAACUUAUUUUGCAGUGUUGAAAGGGAGUGUCAUAAACAUAACUUCAUCUCCUAUGAGGUCUCAGUCAAAUAUAGGUAAGGUCACUGUGAAUUUUGUGUCACGUGAAAUUGUGCAUAUGAUCGAGUUUUUGAGGAUGAUAUUUGUGCUAAAAAAAUCAAGUUUUUCAUGUUUUAAAAUAUCGUUACAAGCCAGUGUCAAAGAGACUCGUCAUGUAGACGGGGCGAUUAAACAAAUAAGGAGGAAAAAAACGUUUCCCUUACCGUUGCUCUAAUAUAUUCAGUUUGUUGAAUGGCUUAUUGAUUGCUCAUAAUCAUUUAUAACUUCCUUUUAAUUGCUCAACAUUUUCAAUGAAUGACCUCAUAAACGCCCCCUCUACGCUGUUAAAAUUAUAGACGCCCCUUUCUAAUAAACGCCCCCUGUCUAAUAGACACCUGCUGUGAGAAUUACUCCAAAUUACCAGAAAUCAGCCAAAACGAGUAAAAUCAUCCAAUUUAUUCAGUUUCUUGCUUGUUUAACAAGGCUUUGCGCAUUUUAUCUAAUGUGGUCAAGUUCAAAAUAGACUAGACUAACGAUGGGAAAUAACUGACCUGGAGCGAGGAUUCUAGGAUUUGAAAGGGCGAUAUGGGUCUUUGGACAGCCUAGACGUGUCAAUUGAUGGGGUGGAUAUUCCGCUAUUUUUUAACUCUCUUGAUAUUUUUUGCUUAAAUCAUAUUUAAGUUUUGAUGAGCGUGUUAAAGUUAUGAGAAUAAACGCCUCCUAGCUAUUAAACGCCCCCACUUGGACCCUAUAAAUUAAAUAGACGCCCCGGGGGUUCAGUUGGUCAUUUACAGUACUUCAAUGCACACACCCAGAAGUAAACACCAGAGCGCGACACAAGCACUGUUUCAGUAGUUUUUAUUCUCUAUUAGUGAGUAAGCCAACUUCAUGUCGAAGCAUAACCAGACUCUUCCUAAUGUUAAAAACUGUAAUGUAUCCCGGCCACAGCGAUAUCACAUCAGAGUUUCUGUCAUCCCAAUCCUUGUUACAAUGGAGGAACUUGCAGUGAAGCAAUUACAGGCUUCUCUUGCGCCUGUCCGUCAGAUUACACGGGACCUUUCUGUAAAGGUAAGAAAGAUUAUGCUUUUCGUUAACCAUUCUUUGAAAAAGACAAAAGUUGUCUUUCAGUUAGCCUGCGAGCAAGUUUGGGAGAGCCAUUUGGGAGAGUCGCGCGUGAGCGGCACGCGAGACGAGACGCGAAAGACGACGUUCUCUCGCGGCUCGCGUCGCUUGUAACUUUGUAACUUGUAACUUUAUUUGACUCACCACAAAAUACAAAUAACGAUAAAACAAGACAGUUACACAAAAGCAAAUGAAAGUGGCGAGGAAGCCCAAAAAGAAACCAUGAGGCUUAUAGACAUGAGGCUCCCUCAGAGUAAAAAUAAAGUUAACGGUAACAGUAAGGCCAGGAUCGAAAAUAAAAUACAAUGAAGGUAAGUAUAAAUUAACUAAUUACAUAGACUGAGUUGACAAAAUAUAAGGUAUGGUACAUGUAACAAUAAGUAUAAAAAUAAUAUCAGACAUGUGAAGAAAUAUAACUAUUUACUACAAGAUUUAUAACUAAUAAUUCAGUCAUAAGUUCAGUUUGAAACUUUGUUUUAACAUUCGUCUUAAGGCGCCACGGAUUCUGAGCACAAUACUUUGGCCCGUUCUAUCCGCUGGUUUGACUUCACCUAGUCGAACUAGGGUGGUCGCUAAAAUAUGCUGUUAGACUUAUCAGUUUAUUUAUGACUAUCAUAAACCAAAAUCAUCCUGAUCAAGUUAAUGAACUGAACAUACGAAAUCAUAAGGUCCAGCUAUCAUGGUUCAUUAUACGUUUCUGGGAAACUGCCGCCUACCCCUCCCCUAAGCCAACAUUAACACUUACUUCUCACUUAGGGUAAAAUGUUGGCUUUAGGGAGGGGUAGUUUGUUAGUUUCCCUGAAACAUGUAACGAUCCCCAUGAGAUGGUAAUGGGGCAGCUUAGAUGUUGCAUCAUUAACAAUUUUUGACAAAUAUGAAGCUUUUGCCAAAUACCUGUGUGGCGUUUAUGUCCACCAAAGGUUUCUCUUCCUUUUUCUCGUCUCCUGUUAUGCUUUCUAUGAAGGCUAACCCAUAAAACAUUGAAUAUGAAGUUCGUUAGUGAGUUAUCUGUCCCGUAAAACCUUUUACAAAGUUGUUUUUCAAUUUAAAAACAGAUAUAAAACCUUGCUUGGGUAAUCCCUGUCAAAAUGGAGGAACGUGUAUCGACGAAGGACUUGCUGGUGACUACAUUUGCAGAUGUAAGGAAGGAUAUAACGGCAAAAACUGUGAAGGUAUGUUCGCAGAUCAUAAAGCUUUGUAUCUGUGGUGAAAGUAAAAUACUCAGUUUCCCAAUUAUCGCAAUAGACCAUUUCAGAUUUGCACCAAGGCUCUGUUUCAAAGCGAGACUAAGUGCGAAGCUAUUGAUCACUAUUUAUUUUUUUAUUUUCAUGCAAAUAAAACUCAUUUUCUCAAGAAAGGUUUUUCACUUGGCCUCGUUUUGAAAGUGAGGGUUUUUGUAAGUCGGAAAAAUGGCCCAUUCUUCAAUAUCCCUAAUAUUGACUAAUUAACACAGUGUGUCGUGAUUUUAGUGUCUGGCAUUUUCUCUCAGUUGAUCCCGAUAUCCUCCUUUCAGUUUCUUUUCAUGACACUUGACAAACAAAUGUUAACUUUAUACUGUCCAGACAACUCUCAUGUCGGGUAGAAUCACUUCCAACAAGCUAUUUCCGAGUUGCCCAAGCCUCUGUUUCAAAGUGAGGUUAAGUGCAGAGCCUUCGAUGUGAAAAUGAUUUUUAUUCCCAUGCAAAUAACAAGAAAGAAAAGUUUUGCUCUUACCCUCGUUUAAAGGCAACAGUUUUUUUGGGACUCGUAAAUGGCCUAUUAAACAAUUUUAAUUUUAAUUAAUAAUUUUUAAUGAGCUUUCUAACUGCUGUAUGCUAUUUAAUGCCGACUCAUCAAAAUCUCAAAAUCAUGUAGAUAUUAUGUUCAAUAGAGCUAGCUCCGCAAGUCCUUGACAAUAUUACGUCGUUUUGGUACACUAUCAUCACGAAAACAUUGUUUAUCAAUUUCUGACGUGCACUUACAUAUAUUGCUGGUUUGCACGUGACGUCAUGGCAGCCAUGUUGAUUGUCAAGAACAAAAGCAUUUCUAUCCCCUGCGGGCUUAACUCUAUUGUCAUUGUAUUGACCAACAACAUGGCCGGCAUGUCACGUGGUUGCAAACCGAGAAUACUUUACGUAUUUUGUUUUCAGAUGCUGGAGUGUGCCUACCAAACCCGUGUCAAAAUGGCGGCACUUGUCGUCAGAGCCAUAACACUUACCUUUGUCAGUGCACAGAUCGUUUUGAAGGACAUACCUGCACAGGUGGGUAAUUAUUGAGUCAAAUAAUGCCUUUACCACCCUUUACGUCUUUAUGUCUUUACGUCUAUUGCGUAUGCCUUUGAUGAGCUGAAGAGAGUGUUUGCCUCGGUAUAUGUCAAAUUGCUAUUCUGUCUUGUACAUUAUGUCCUUUGAACCAAACUUUUAAAAGGAAGAUCGACUUCACAUUUUUGAUUCGAUUUUUUGAUAAUACAUGGAGGAGUUAUCUUAUGCAAUUAUUCUCAGAAAAUCUAAAAGCAACGCUAAUAUCUUUUAUAAGCAGGGUAAAACCUAAUGCGCGAUUGAGGGACCUGAUACUGCUUCACAAGUUAUUAUAAAUUUGCAAAUUGAGGUAUUGACUUCUUAGAGAAGUCACUGCCGUUUAAUUUUUUUUUCGUAUAUAUUUUUAAAACUUUUAGAAAGUUCUAUCUAACUUUUGGUUUCUUUAACAAUUAUGCCCAAGAAACCGAUCCUUGAUGCUGGCGAACAGCUCAUUUGCAUGUUAUUCGAAACAUACUAUAAUAAUUCCAUGUAAUGGAAAUCAAAGGACGAAGAACAAGCAUCCAUAAAAUAAUUUAUUAGAGUGAUGAGAAUUUUUUUUUUCUUUGUAGAGGACAAAUGUGCUAGAUGCGAUGUCCAUGCGCAUUGUGAAAAUGGAAGGUGCGUUUGUGAUGGUGGUUUCUAUGGUGGGGGGUACCGAGGGGAUUGCUUUCGGAUUGGAGGUGAGUUGAUAGUGCGUUUUUACAUGACGUCACGUCUGCCGCAUUGUUGCCCCAAAACAAUAAAGGUUAAUAAUGCUCAUCUCCAUACCCCAAAAUGACGUUGACACUUAAUGAUUCGUACACAAAGUAAUUCUCUACAAAGGAAGGAACCGCUUGACUAUCAUUACUGAUUAGAGUUAAGCCCUAAGAAUAGAGAUUAGGGUUAAGCACCGACUCAAAAAUCGGUUAGCUUCUUUUAAGGGUUAAGGUUUUUGCUAUAUACUUCCAACCCAAACCAAUUCUUCCCAACAAAUCCUUGGUAAUCUAGUGGUUUAGGUGGUGGACUGCAGAUCCGAUGCUCGGAAUCGAAUCCUGCUCGUGCUAUCCUGAAAUUUUUUCCCUAAACCACUGAAUAGACUUAGACUUUCAUGAACAUUUUAUCAGGCAGAAAUUUCAAGAGACAGAAAUGUCAUCUUGGAAAAGGAAAAUAUCUUGUAAGAGCCACUGAGAGGUAAAUGUCAGUUUGGAGUAUGGAGAUAAGUGUUAACCAACAAAAAAAACAUCGGCAAUAUCCUCUGGGAGUUGAACUCUUUUCUUAUUUUAACGAUUUCUUUUGAUGCAACAAAUUUGCACAGCUACUGGUCACGUGACUGAACUGAAAACGCUGUAUACGUGCGUGGAAUACUUUUUAUUUAGAAUAUUGUUUACACGUGACGUCACGGCGGCCGUGUUGGAGGUCAAGAACAAAAGCAUUUCUCUCCUCUGGUAACUAAACUCUAUUUUCACGUAAAUUCUUGGAGAAAAAAUUAUAUUGUUUUUAUACCCAGCGUGGCCGCCUUGUCACGUGGUUGCAAACCAAGAAUCAAGAGAAGGUUUGAAAUAAUAGAGCUGUCCGAAUUAAAGGCUCUAGUACAAAAUAAAAUUAAGACAAAAAAGAAAGAAAAAUAACAACUUUUUGGAUAAAUUAAAACGCGCAGUGUACCAAAUAAACCAGCCCACAUUUCGACUUUUUAAACCUCGAAACAAGACCAAACGAGCUUUUAGACAGUCUAAAUAGCCAAGUGUUUGGUGGCAAACCGUCUCAAACAAAUCCGAAAUAUAGUAAUACCAAAUUAAACCUUUCUUUCUUUCAGCGUCUAAUCCAAGGUUCUGUGUCCCCAAUCCUUGCCAACACGGUGGGUCUUGUUUUGAAGAGCCUAACAGCCAUCGAUGUCUCUGUACUUCCGGUUAUCAAGGCGGAAACUGCGAACUUUCUAUUGGUAAUUAGCACUUUAAAAACUGUAUACAGUCAACUUCGUUUAUAGCGGACACUGUGAGGACCUCGAGUUAGUCUCCUCAUUAGCGAGAGUCCGGGAUAGCGGGAGUUUAUUUCAGUCAAACAUCUGCAAUUAAUUUUUGCCAGAGAUUUAGGUGCUGUCCGUUGUAUGGGGUGUCAGCAAGGCGAGAGUUGACUGUAAUAUGAAGUUCGUUGGUUAAUGAAAAUUCUAAGCAAUGCAAGUUACACUGAGUCAUACUCUUGAUGAUGGAUUUGGUGAUACAUUCAACAAGACAGACUCCUUUGGCACCGACACUAUGUGUCCUCCUUUGGGAGAUAUCCGUCUUAUUGAGAGUCAACUGUAAGGAGUAAAGAAAGGUAGAGCCCAUUUCGAUAUGUCCGUUUCAGCAAGGCGGCCGUUUUAUAAGUGUCCGUUUAAAGAGAGUUGAUUUCAGUGUAAAGACUUGCGUGUACGUGCUGCCAGAUGCUCUUCGAUUUAUAAAUGCUGGUGUCUCUUGAUAAUUCCCCUCUCCAGAAACAAGCGGUAUCAGGGGAAUAGUUUCAAGCUUUUGACAAAACAAUUUCUGAGAUAGUUUGGAGGUACAAGCGAAGGUAUUCAAGGCAACCAUUAACCAAUCAUAAGUAACGCUUGUCCACCAAAAUGAUCCCAAAAACCUUUGUACCGAAAGCUUGUACCCAUUCUCCUUUCAUUUUCUGGAGUGGAAAAAAAAAAAAAAAGAAACAGGUCACGAUUGAAAAGAGCGGUAUUCAAGAUAUUACUCCGCUCUUAAUCUAAACCUUUUCUGUCUUUAUAAAGCAGCUAUUUUAGUUUGAAAUUUGGUUAAUUUCUAGAUUGUCUCUUCUUUUUAUACUUUUUUUAAGGUGCUGCCCCUCCUAUUACGAGAACACCGGACCCUUGCACUGGAGAGCCUUGUUUGAAUGACGGGGUCUGUGUUCCAAAAGGAACAAAGUUUCGCUGUCUUUGUUCAGCUAGAUUUCAAGGACCAACAUGUGAACAACGAGGUGAAUGCAUGCUGAGUCUCUCAUAAAUAGAAAAUGCACUUCUCCAGCGGAAUCUAGUCGUGUCCAAUGGAUUACCUACACGUGGUAGAAGAUUUUCGGUUUUCCAAUGGGACGCUGGAAGAUACGACUAGAGACUAGUUGACAGUAUUGCACAACGCUCCCCAUGUGCACGAGAGUAUUGCUUGUAAUGUAUCAAGCUAUUUUAGCUCAUUUCUUAGUUUGCCGAUCAUUUCAGCAAGACGAAAAUCAGGUAAAGUUUUGGCGUUACUUUACUCUUUUCUUAACGAAUAGAGCAGUAGUAAUUUUCAAUGUAACAAAGGUAUUUUGUAAUCGGUGCGAAAACCUUUUUGUUUUUGCAGCAAAGUCCCAUUGCCAUCCUAACCCCUGUCUGCACGGUGGAUCUUGUGUUGAUAUAAAAGAUGGGUACACUUGUAAGUGCCCAGGCUCCUACAGAGGAACUAAUUGUGAAGGUAUAACUAUCAAUUCUCUGCAACCAAGAGAUAAUAGGGACCUUAAGAUCGGACGACGGCGACGGCGACGGCGACGGCAACGAGAACGUCAAAACAACAACUUUGCACGUACAUCACGCUUUUUUGUGCAUUUCUUUGCCGUCACUGCACGACUACGACGUGAAACUACCGAAUUUAAUGUUUUAUAGAGGAUGUAAACAAGCAACGACAAAUUUUUCUUCUCUCUCUUAAUUUGGAUAAGGCUGUUAGGAAUUCAACUCCGGGAGGGUUCGCAUACAUUCGACAAAGUAAAUGGUUGGAAUAAUCGCGAUGAAGAUUUAAAAACCGCGAACUUACUUUUUAAGCGACGUUUUACCUGCCGUCGUCGUCCUCGCUUCUUAAGGUCCCUAAUGAUGGGAUAGAGAGGGGAACUUAGGGCGUUGGCCGCGAUAAGUGAAUUGUAUAGCCUGAGAAAACAGCCGACAUUUGGCGACGCUACCACUGGUCUCCCCGCCAAGUGACGUCUGAGAAACGAACGCAGAAAUUCAAUACUGAUGACGCGUUACUACCCAGAUUCGGGGCCUCUCCCUCAAACGAUAAAUCCUAGAUAAAACCCUGAUCCCAAAGGCGUUUCCAACCCAGUUCCAUUGUUCUCUGUGCGGAAACUAAGUACUAUACACUCCUUUAAAAGAGAGGCUUCCUCGCUGCAACUGUAGACAAGUUAUUGAAGAACACGCUUGUAGCCCCUUCACUGUAAUUGAACCUAAAAACAUUAACGAUGAUAUUAUUUUCUUUUUCCAGUGGAUGAUUGUGAUCAGUGCGAUAUUAAUGCCAUUUGCGUGGAAGGAGCAUGCAGAUGUAGAAUUGGGUAUAAAGGCGAUGGGUUCGAGUGUACAAAGGGUACGUAAACAUGUAUGUCAGUCAAAUACUUUAACGCUACUUUUACUUUUGUCAUAAAGUUAGAAAAGUUUUAAAUCCGUUCAUUGCAGCUAGCCAUUCACGUGGCACAAAGCCGCCAUGCUUGAGAGCAAAAGUCGUAAAGGAAAUUACCAUUUACAAUUAUGUAUCAGUAUGCCUUUUGUUUGUCUUGUCCCAGUGCGACUUUUGUUCUCCAGCAUGGCGGUUUUGUACCUCAUGAAUGGGAAGCGACAAAGGGCCUGUAAUUGCAUGGAAUCCCCAACAAAACCUCGUGUCAAAAACAAGUUUGGAAAGGGUACGAAUAUAAAAAUACCAAAAAAACUUGGGUACGUUUCUGGGAAACUGCCAACCUACCCCUCCCCUAAGCCAACAUUUAACACUUACCUCUCACUUAAGGCAAAAUGUUGGCUUAGGGGAGGGUUAGGUGGGCGGUUUCGCAGAAACGUAUAAUGAUCCAAAAACUUUCAUAGUCACUACAAUAGGGGAAGGGGGGUACUCCCUAUACGGGGAGGCUCCACCCGAGAGGGGUACCUUAUUCAGGCCUCAGGUAUAUGAAAGGGUAGUGAUUUCACGUGUUAAAGAAUAUGAACGGUUAGCGAAAACUGUCAUUUCGGUCUGUAAAAAGGCCCAAGAGGGCUAAUAGAUGCAUUUAUGCGGGCUGUGAAAGAGUCGAGGAGACGUUCUGGUUUUGUGAUUUAUUAAUGUUUGAUAGACAGUGCAUUUACAGCAGCUGAAAGGGAUGCAAGCAAAGUUCUAAGCCUUGGUAUUUGAAAGGGGUAAAAUUUGUCAAUAGAAGGUGUAGGAAAGGGUUACCUUUUUCUGUAAAAAAUGUUGUAUAAACAGGAUAAGGGGUUGUACCUCGGGGGCGGAGCCUAUCUGUAUACAACUUCCUUGAGUACCCCUCCCCCCCAGGAACCAGCAAAGUUAGCUGAGAGUGAAUAUUUUCCGUUCCACAGUCGAGUGUGACGUUGGUAAAAGAUAAAUUUUGUAUUUAUUUUGCAUAAGAUAUUUAAUUUAUUUUACAGUUAAAAAGUGUGGCCACUGCAGUCCGAAUGCAACAUGUGUUAGGGAUGAAUGUGUCUGCAAACCGGGAUUUAUUGGAAAUGGGAAACACUGUCAAGGUAAUUUAUAAGGUCAUUAUAAAAAUGUAUGAUGAAAAUAUGAGCGAUGAAACUCGCGAACAAAACAGAAACAACGUACAAACGAACGAAAGUAGAGCGAUUUGAUUGGUUUAUCCAACGGAUACAAACGCGCGUGGCUUUUGGUUGGUUAAGCGAACGCUCGGGUGAAAAAACUUCAUGCUCGAGAACUUUCUAGAAAUUAAUCGAUACUUCGCUUUGACGACAUACUGCAACACGAUUGGCCAAUCGAACAAUGCAAUCUCCUUAUUAGGGUUUUCUUUGGCGGGAAAACGAAGAGUCCAUGUUUUGAUUUUUUCAUCCAUUGGCUGAUAAAACAAAUAACGAACACUAAUUUUACCGAAACCAUUUUUGAAGGUCAUACGAAAAUCGCUGUAGAGGUACAGUGAAAUCCCGGGUUUUCGAACCAGCUUGAUAAAAGCAAAUUCGAAUUAUCAGGCGGUUUGAAAAAUCGAGGGUAAAAUUACAGUGUUUGACUGGUAAAGGGAGGUUAGGUUUGGUUCGAAUUAUUGGGAAUUUUGAAAAACUGAGGGUUCGAGAAAUCGGGAUUCUACUGUAGUAUAAUAAAAUAGAAGAACGUUUAAUAUUCCAUAUUGUAGUUCUCAGUGAGCGCUGUUUUCGUUCCUUGACAUUAAAAAUAAUUGUUCCGGAGCUAAAAACCUUUAGGUUGAAAAGGACCGUAUGAAUCACCACCUUUUAUUACGAGUCUUCAUCGCCAAUAACAUUGCGGCUUAACUGACAGACCACUGAUAAUAUCACGACUUAAUUGACCAAUCAGGUCAACCAGAGUUAAAUACCAUCAAGUAACGUGAUACGAAUCACUUUGACUCUGAAGAUGACUACCGCACAGGUUGACGAAACGUCAGUCACUGUCAACAACAACAGUCCUAUUCAGGACUACGUUCACCCGGACGAUCAUGCUCAACCUACUUAUGAAAUGACUCCUGGGUUCAAACCUUUCACAAAGGAAAGUUUAUAAACAGCGUCUUGCCUUCAUAUCAGUGCUGGCGUGGGACUGAAUUAUUGAUUGCAUCAAAUGGAAAGGCUUAGGAAAUUGGGAUCAUUACACGUUUCUGGGAAACUUCACACCUACCCCUCCCCUAAGCCAACAUUUUACCCUAAGUGACAAGUAAGUGUUAAUGUUGAUUUAGGGGAGGGUUAGGUGGUAAUAUCUAGAAUGUUGUUUUCUAUAGAGGACGACUGCAAAGGAUGUCCACCCCAUUCACAUUGCCUCAGGGGAAUUUGCAUUUGUGUACCAGGUUACUACUUUGAUGGUCAUCAUUGUGUUGGUAAGUACGUGAUACAAGUCUUUGUUACCACAAUAGAGAGCUUUAGAUUCUGAGACGAGGACGACUACGAGUACGAGAUUUUCUCAAUACUGAGUAUUGCUCACGCGUGAACCAGCGUCAAUUUGGCGGGAAAAACGUCACGAAGUGAUAGCCAUCGUCAUUCUACCACGAGUUUUAGCGAGUAUGUCGUAGUGGCGGGAAAAAGUUAUCAAAGUAAGUAGUUUUAUCAUUCUGCUGUCGGGAGAGGGCUUCACCUCCUUCAGUAUAAAUAACCGUACUAACUUUUUUGGUGAAAAAAGUAAAAUAAAGCUUUCCGAGGUGUCUUUUUUCGGACAACACGCGCAAAAACUUUCAGUUAAAUCUCGUACUUGUACUCGUUCCCGUCCUCAAAUCUAAAGCUCUAUAUUUAUUUCUUCAAAAACAUGAGCUUAAGAGAAAACUAUUCAUUGGUAAUAUAAGAUCGGCAGAAAGAACUGAAAUACCAUCUCUUGACGAAUCAACUGUGAUUUUACUGGUGCUUGCUUAUUACUGAUUUAAACUGAGUUUCUGCUGCCAUUUACUAGAACAUGGCAUUGUCCUCGUAGAAAGAAAGCUCUUGUUUCUUUGAACACCGCACACUCGUAAACUAUACCUCUUCAUGGCCUACAUAGUAUAAAUGAAGGAUUGACUCGAAUUAAUAGCUAAUUGAGACUGCAUUAUUCAAUGCUAAAGUGUUGUUUAACCAAUCUUAGGGGAUUCGUUUUUGUUUCGUACACUCUAACAACCCUUCUUGUACAAAUUUGCUAUUCUUGCUUAUCUCACCUGGAUGCUGCUUGCUUAUGCUAUGACGAAAACAAUUCUAGAUAAGCAAAUGCUCAUGCUCGCUUGUAGUUUACAACUACUGCGUGGAGCGUUUCUACUCUCUUGGCCAAAAUAUAUGCAAAUUUCCUGGAAAAAGGGAAGUGUUUACGUGAGAAAAGACUACUUGAGAAAAGAUUUUCUUGGUACACUUAGGGUUCGUACAGAGUCUUGAAUUCUUGAAAAAGUCGUGAAAUUUGCCCCAAAAUUUUCCAGACCUGGAAAAAGUCUGGAAAAUAGAGAUAAAGUCUUGAAAAAAUUAUAAAGAGAGUUUUUUGAAAGUAACAGUAAGUGCUUUACAAGUGAAAUUUUUUUCGUGCUGGUCAAAUCUUAUUCAAUCUCGCCUGUACGUUUACAGCGCAUCAUGGAAAAAGCGUUGUUCCUUCAAUUUUUUUUAGGUCUCUAUUGAUCACCCAUUUCAUAACCUUAAGUCUGGAAAAAGAAAUUAUUGUUUUGGAGAAAGUCUUGAAUUUUGGAUCCAAAAAUCUUUACGAGCCCUGUGCACUAACAUGGCUGCCUUUUCAUUGGUUUGGCACACCAAUAUGGCCGCCGUGACGUCAUGUAAAACGCCCUCUGAUUGGCUACACUCGACCGCUCUCUCUGAAGUAAGGCUGCGUUAUAACGGCAGCAGACGAAAAUUUAGACCGGCUGAAAUUUCGUGCGUUUAGUUGUUCCGUACACACGAAGCUACCUUAACCGUACGAAAAUUUAGACGCCUGGCAGUUCAAAGUUCCGUGUGAACGGAGCGAAAAUAUUGAAGAGUCCCGUGUGAACGAAGUGCCCGGUCAAAUUUUUCAGCCGGUCGAAAAUUCGUCCUGUGCAGUGUGAACGUAGCUUAAGUUUAACUCUUUAAGCCCCAAUAUCCAAAUACAAAUUCUCCAAACUGAUCUGCAUAGAUUUCCGCAAUGAACUGGUAAAGAGAAUUUGUUUGUAUAUCAAAGCUUUUCCCAUCAGGUGAUCAUUUUAUAAAUUCUCACAUUUUCCCUUGAUUAUGUAUUGAUUUUUUGGGGAGAAAAUUGACCUUGGUCACUCUUGGGACUUAAGGGCUUAAAACGUCAAAAUUCCUUUUGCAGCAGGAGCAGUGCAUGCACCUUAGAUGGUUGAUCACGUGACUGGACUUCUGACGUUUUGAUAUUCUUCCUGUUUCCCAAAGCCGCUGUGCACAAACCGUCACUGACUCCAAGCUGUCCUACUGAGUGUACCAAAGUAACCACUUGUCCUUCAACUUGCCCGGAUCACUGCUGUAAAAGGGCUGAUUCCCAUGCGGCAGUUGGUUGCCCAAGUCAUUGUAGCUUUAGUUGUGGAACUGCGUGCCCUGAUCAUUGCUGCAAGCCUCCUACUGUGUCAACUCUGCCGAUAUGUCCCUCUGAAUGCCACACAAGCUGUCAUGAACUAUGCCCUAUGCACUGCUGUAAAGUUUCUUCAUUUUCCGUAUCUCUUUGUCCAAGCCAUUGCAAGACUACGUGUGAUCCUCUAUGUCCCAGUCACUGCUGUUCACAACAGCUAACUCCAGCCGCUGCCCCGAUACAACCGACGUGCAAUCCAGUUUGUCAGACACAUUGCCUUCCUAAGUGCCCGAGAGUUUGUUGCAAAUUCAAGUUUGUUCUGCCCUCGACCUGUCCUAAUCAUUGCCAGGAAAUAUGCGACUCGUCGUGUCCCGCACACUGUUGUGUAUCUCAACACGUUUCCUCCAUGGAACAGGCACCAUCAAUACAAGAAUUGCAACCGACGUGCAAUCCAGUUUGUCAGUCGCAUUGUCUCCCUACGUGCCCCAAAUUUUGCUGCAAAUUCAAAUUUGUUCUGCCCUCAACCUGUCCAGAUCAUUGCCAGGAAAUAUGCCAAUCGUCUUGUCCUCCACACUGCUGUGCGUCUCAACACGUUUCUGCUAUGGAACAGUCGCAAUCAGUACAAGAAUCGUGUCCAACUAUUUGUAGUUCCAACUGCCUACCAUCGUGCCCAUCUUUUUGUUGUAAGGUGUCUCCGCCGAUGCCAAGCGCAUGUCCAAGCAGUUGCUCUGUCAGCUGCCUUCCACCAUGCCAACAACAUUGUUGUCAAGAACGCUAUCCUCCUAAUUUUUCAACGCAGUCACCUCCUAUCUGUCCAUCUCAAUGUGCAAUUCGCUGUGACAACAUGUGCCCGGCGCACUGUUGUCCUGCCUCAUCCGAACAAUCGUCAUUUUUAACAAAAUCAACGCCAGUAGGAAAUGUUCAGCCAAACGUUUCGCCACCGCAAAGCUAUGCAGCACCUACACCAUGCCCCAGUUCUUGCUCGUCGUACUGUUCACACGGUUGUCCCCAGUAUUGUUGCGUGGGGCGAGAAAUAUCUCCAUACCUAUUCAAAACCCCGGAACAAACAGUAUCACCGGUUGGAAGGUCUCUUGCGGUUCUAGAGGCCGAUUAUAAGUCGAAAGUUGUACAUCGUCUUUCAGAGUUACUAUCAAGUCCUUUAAAGCUAUGCGAGCCUUCGUGCUUCUCAAACUGUUCUGUUACCUGCCCCAAAAUAUGCUGUGAUGUUGGGAGAAAAAAGAAAAUGUUUGUAUAUAAGCGCAAGAAAAAAGCACAAAUAACCAAACCGCGG